AUGGCAACUGUAAGUAGCAGCUCAUCGUCAUUGGACCUCGCUGCAAAUUCAAGUACGGAGACAAACCAAUCGAUGGAUCUAGAUCGGUCCCAACCCAAGCUGGACGAUACAUGCCAGGAAAAGUUUCAUAAAGUAUUGAUAGCGUUUCUCAAUCGCGGCUUCAAGAUAAACAAUGAUGUAUACCUGGAGAUGAUCAUCAGUCAUCUGUCCGGAAAAUACUGCGAAGAUCAUCGGAAAUUUGUAAAAUCUCCCGAAGUGUUUUUGUGGCUUGAGACGACUUUGAAGCAAUGGGAAAGUGAUCGCCCACCAGCCACUGAUAUCGCUGCUUUUACACUUCAGCUUCUGGCGAUGAUAGUGGAAAAUGAGUGGGACUUUUCACGCAUACAAAAUGGAAGUAGAAUGAUGGAUCGUUUCCAAGAAUGUAUUCAACGCAACGGAAAAAUGCAGAACCCUUCGAUCAAACUGGGACACGUCCUAGUGUUAAAAGCUAUCUCAAGCCACGCAAUGGGAAUGUCUUGGAUCAAACAGUCGGGUUCGUGGCGCAUCUGUCUCGACUACUACAAUGGGUACCAGACAAUCUACAUCACACGAGAGACAUCUCUGUUUAUUUACGAAGUCUUGGAACGCUUCUGUACGAUGGGUGACUAUGAGGAGGCUAAGGAAAUCGUCCGGACCAUAUUGUCUCCGCUUAUUGACUGCGUGUGGAAAAGUCCGGAACAUGAUGACGCUGUGCUGGUGAACGAUUAUCACUCCCAGAAAAUUAUAUCUCCUUUGCUAAACCUAAUGCAAACGCUUUUUCGCAAAAUUAUCGAAUCAAAACAACGCACUCGAGUUGCAUACUUCAUACUGUACACGUACAAGUUUGAGCGAAAUCUCUGGAAGUUUACCGAUACUAUGCACGAUCAUACGUACCUGGCAAAAAUCUGGCAGACACACAUCUUUGCCAAUUGCGCUCGCCUAUGCACGAUGGAAAUUCCCCCGGAAGACACAUUGGCCGUCGACUUAACGUUCGAUCGGUACACGAUUAACUUUCUAAACUAUGUCAACUUUUCCAUCCGACGUGGAAAUGUCCAAAACGUGAUGCUAAUGGCCGAAACACACCAUGCUCUGUGGCGGAUUCUUGGUGAUCGUGCCCCGGAAGAGGUGGUGCUAAAGAAUCAAAGCAUCCGGUUUGGCGAUCAAAUAUUGCUGCUGCAACUCUUUCCUGUUGUGUACGAAAUGCAGUGCUUCGCGAUGAAGGAUUUACCGGAUUAUAUUGAAAAGUUUUGCACCAAACUGUACGACAUCGCUUGCGAGUUUACGAUACGUUUAAUUUAUGCCUGUCGCGACAUAUUUCAGGCAUACAAUUUGAACGUUACCGAGCUGGCUUGCAAAUCAAUUCAGGGAAUCGUAACAAAUCACAAGCUACCACGACCGAGAGCCGUCAUUGCGUUUCAGGCUUUUGUGUACUUGCUAAAAGAAUUCCUUCCCGACAUGUGUUGCUCGGUUGAGGGACAAAAAAGCGAAUGCGGCAAGUCAGAUCUUAUAUUGAGUAAACCUAACCUCCUGUCGGCGAUAAUCAACGGGUUGAUGUCAUUAAUCGAAAAUUUCAAAAUUACCUGGAAGGAAUGCAUUGAAUCGACAACGAUUGUGAAUUUCAUGCUGAAUUUGCUUGCAAAUCCUAAUCUACCUCCUAGGCUGGUUGUGCUUGCUCUGAAGCUGACGCAAACUUCUAUCGAGCAUUUUUUGGCACCCAAUCUUGCUCUCCUGAUGGAUAACAUCUCGGGAUCGGGACUAGAACACGUUGGACAUAUAAUUUACAAACGGUUGCAUGACCUCAGCUGGGAAGUACGAGAUUCGGCACUUGAACUACUUGCAUCCAUCGUCAGCAUUUCGGAAAUCAAAUUUCCAGCUUUUCAAAAGCACAUUCUCGAUUGUGAUAUCAUUCCGGUAGUGGAAGCAGCAGCAAAGAAUGACACGGAGCCAUAUGUUCGGGCGUCGGCGCUCCGUUGUCUAACUUUAAUGGUGAAGAUUCGGAUGCUAUGGGAUCAUUCCUUAUCAAAGCUUUCGUUGAUGAACCAUCUAAUCGAGGUGAUUGAUAGUGAAAGCGAAGGAGUAGUUCGUCGAGAAGCGGUGAAUACGGUCCGGGAAAUAUACGCUAAUCACAAAAUUCAACCGCAAUGUCUGGAUAGUGUGUUCACAGUGCUCGCAUAUGCCGCGGCUAACGAUCUGUAUUGGGAAGUAAAGAUCAAUGCGCUCCAAUUUUGGCGACUAGUGAUGUGUCGGCAAUUUCAACAUCAAGGCAUGAUCGAUGGAACUUUUCCAGCAGUGACGUUUUCAAAGGAGCACAAAAAAAUCGUUACCCUUACUGAUCGGGAAAUUCAAACUCGUCUCAUGAAAGUACUCAAUGAACUUUCACUCCGCGGUUGUCUCGGUGUGCUACUCGCCUGUCUCGGAGAUGAUUGCGAUUUGGGAGUUGUCAAGGAAACGAUUGCAAUCAUCAACAAGCUCAUGUCGCACCUCAACAAGUACAACUUCCUGGACUACUACCAAGUGCUUUCCGGGUCUGUGCUAUCGCACAAGUCGACAACGAACUUCAAAGGAGACUCCUUAGCAUCACCACUUUCGAACACCGAGAUGCAAGGAGUCAGUACUAUUCCCAUUCAUUCACCGCAGCCCUCCACCCUAGCCGGUCGGAUCUCUGUUAUUGAUACUAAUUACUCGGAAGUUAAGCCACCUGACCGAACCGCAAUGGAAGUGAAUCAAAACUUAGCUCAACCAUUAUCAGAACUAGACCCUACGGUAGCAAGUGCUACACAACAACAUGGCUCCAGUGCAGGUGUAGUACCUCGACAUCAGCGUAGGAAUGACGCUGAUUACAAUAGCGGGAAUGUCGCUUGCAGUACGGCCAAUGCAGACGAAAUUAUCGACUCGAUCGUGAACCUCAACGACAUGAAUCUACUUUCGGUAACGUACAAUCCCCAUAUGACGACCGUUGCGACCGCGUACGGGCGACAGCAAAUGGGCGGUGAUUGUGGUUGUGAUGAGACGGUGCGUCAUGCCGAACUGUUUCGACAAUUUGCCGCCGUGAGUGCGGAAGAAUUUCUCGAUCGUGUGCGAAUACUUGAUUUGCCCGCAAUUGUGGCAAGCCGGCAGCGAUGGCUAGAAAAUACGGAAAGCUUUGGGUCUCUUUUAGACGACGUCCUAUUUUCGUACUAUGCAGCCGAUGUUAAUGAUGCGGAUUGCUAUUGA